AUGGCUGCAGAGAUCCUCAACGAUCUGGCAGCACCCGUCGAGGCGAAGGAUGAGAUCGGAGAGUGGAAGGUGAUCUACCCUACGAAGUCUCUGAUCCUCCCUGGUCGUGCGCUGACUCUAAGGCUGAGAGAAGAGCCCACGUUGCUUGGCAUCUGCGAAUGCGAAAAGCAUGGCGUGCUGAAGGCCUCGGAAGACUUCGGACAACUCAGCCUCCGUGGGAAGCAGAUGGACGUGGAGGAGCGGAGAGCCACUGAGAGGGAAAAGGUGCGCAGAGAGGAGGCAGACCAGCGCCAGCAAGAGCAGAUCGCCAAAGAGGCCAGGAGGCUACGGAACAGAUUUGCGAUGUUUUGGAUUGCUUUCCUGGUGCCCGCCUGGGGCCUGCUCCCCAUCUUCAUGUUCCUGGUGGCCUUGAGCUUGAGCUUGAGGCUCGAGAUCAACGGCCGUGCCCUAGAGCAGUCGGCCUUAGCCCUCCUUGCGGUAUUCCCUUGCCUGUUCCUGGGCUACUGCGUCGGGUUCUGGGGCACCAAAACUGUACGCAGCGACGCGAACUUUGGGGACUACGCUUGCUGCGCCAGGGCGGCCUUCAACUGUGAGGGUAUCUUGGGCCUCGCUGCACUGGCCUUCAUAACGUGGCAGCUUGGUGUGGAAUUUUGGCAGGUGUCCCUCUUCUUGUGGGUGGUGGCCGGCGGCGGCCUCGGCUGGUGGACCUACAACUGCCGCAGGGGAGCUUUGGGACAGGUUAGUUCCAGACCCGACCUUCACGAGGUCUUUGCUCAGCAUGACCGAGCUCGGGAUCAGGUGAAGAACCGGACCAUCCGCUUCGAGGGCCGUGUGAUUCCAGAAGCAGGACGCCCCUGCGUGGCUUCCUGGCCAGGGAAGUACGAGGGCGCCUGGGAGGCUUUGGUGCGCCACACCCGGGCCGGGGAGGUGAGCGCCGCCGUUGUCUUCUUGCCGGACGGCACGGAAGACUACGGCUGCCACGACCCGAUCCCGACAGCCGAAGGUCUUUCUUACGAUCCCGAUGCUUGCUGGUGCAUCCCUCUGUAUGGGGAGCCAAAGCCUUGGGGGUGCAGGUGGUGGACCCGGUGGCUUCGAAACGUGGAGAUGGCGGUGGAGAGUGGGGCAGAGUUGGAGGUUUAUUUCUUUGCAGGCCUGGCUGGCAGAGGAAAGGUGCAAAGCUUCGAUUCCGCCGGCCCGGAGCACCUUCGCAGAGAGGAGAUCUAUGGCAAGCUCAGGGAGUUCAAGGAGUCUCCGCAAUUCAAAGCAGCCUCGGCCCAAGGCCUCGACGGCCUCUCCCGCGAGCGUCGCGAGGACAGCAGCUCCCGGUACAGCCGGGAGCUGCACCGCCUCUUCCUUGCCUGGCUCCCGAAAGAAGAGGCCGAGUCCCUGGAAGCCUCCGAAGGCCUCGGAAACUCCCAGAAAGCUGAAGUGGCCUGGCUGGAUCGCAAGGGCUAUCAGUAUCGGGAGGUGGACGUCUCCAUGUGGCUUUCGGAUGAGGAUGCCGCCGUCGAGGCCCAGGUCUCCGUGCGCACGAUGCCCACCGAGCCCGUCGUCCGGGAUCGGCAGAUGUUCGACUUGCAGCGAUCCUUGGUCGCCAAGGAGGCCCAGAUCGAUGACUUCGAGCGGCAGGCUCUGACGAGCCGGUCUGCUUCCAUGCAGGCCACUACGCCUUCGCCCACCGCUCCAGUGUUGCUGGCCUGGGGCUUCGCCAACUUUGCGCGGAACUUGCUGCAGGCUCAGCUUCUGCGUGCCGCUGCCUCCGAUGGUGAUGCAAGGCGCAUGAGAGAGAAGCUCUCCGCCGCGGAGGACCGCGCCAUGAAGACUGAGCGGCAGCUCCUCCAGGCCCGCACGGACCUGACCGAGCUCGAGAUGCGCUUGUCCAUGUCUGGGGAUCGCCACAACUCCCUGGAGGAGCAGCUGCGGAUCGCGGGGCAGCGAGCACAGCAGAUGGAGGAGCUGUUGACGACUGCCGAGACGCAGACGCGACAACUGGAGGAAGAGCUAAGGGCGGCACACGAUGCCCAGGCGCGAAUGAAGGAGCGCCUCUUCCAGCGCGGCUUCUUCCUGGCCCUGAGCUACCGCAGCAGCGGCGACGUUGCCCUCCUGGCGCAGGUAUUCCACGGCCUUUCGCGCUUCGCCCGCCUCUGUCGCACGGCGCGCCACUCGGAAGAGGCUGGCCUGGCUGAGGAGGCAACCUGCCGCAGGCUCUUUCUCGCGAGGAUCCUCGUCGCUUGGCACCUGAAAUGCCGCGCCAAGAAUCUCGCACGACAGGCGGCGCUUUCGAGCUGCCAGGGCGGGCAGCGGCGGCUGCAGGCCUCCAUUCUCGGCUUGUGGCAGCGUGCGGCGGCCACCCAACGCCACUUGCGCAAGCAGGAAUUUGUAGGACGUUUCCAGAAGAUGGGCGCCAGAUUCUUGACCAUGACGCCCGGUCAGGAGAACAACUUAUGA